AUGGGUGUCGUUUCUCGCCAUGAUGGCGUGCACGGCCAGGAGCCGCACCAACCUUCUGCCAAAGCCGAGUGCAGCAACACCACCACAACUGUGACUCUCACACAAUACGGUGCCACUGUAACUUCGACCCUCGGCCACAGCACUACCCCCUCCACCUCCACCAAAACCAUCUCCUUGCUGCCUUCCGGCCUCAUCACUCUGCACAAUGCCACCCUUCCCCUUAACAACACUGUUACCACCCCGACCCCCUCGUUCACCAGCCACACCUCCUCAAGCACCAUCUCAGCAGCAACAGCCUCUCCCACGCCAGCUCCCCCCUCCGAUCCAUCCCACCAGGCCGGUCGCGUAGCCGGCGGUGUCAUCGGCGGUCUCGCCGGCCUCGCCCUCCUCGUUUUCCUCCUGGCCUGGUGCUGCAAGCGCCGCAACCAGCUCAAGGUGCGCCUACGUUGCCGGCGGGACACCAAAGAGGAGAAAGAGCUGGCCCGGCAGGCGGAGGUGCGGCAACGUGCGGACCUUGAACGCAAGAAGGCGCUGCAGUCGCUGGAGGCGAAACCCGGUGGCGGGUUGCUGCAUAGUGGCCUCAUGGCAUUCAAUCUUGAGCAGAAUGGUUCUCAACCGGUGUCGAACAGUGCCGUGCCGCCGACGCCGCCGUCGGUGCCAGUAAAGGGUACCGGACCCGGGCGGCGCUUCUACGCUUGA